AUGGAGCAGUCGCCUGCCGUGGCCCCAGUCGCGUCGCGGGCCACGACCACGAAACAACCACCUCCUGAGAAACCCGAAGCUGCGAGUUUGAGGACAAGAGUGGUUCUGUCGUUCUGGGCCGUGAUCCUACUCCUCGGUGUCCCGACAUGGUGGCAGACGACCUCUAUCUAUCGCGCCAACCUGCCGUUGCAGGAUAUGUUGAACUGGGCGGAUGGAUUGAACACUCCCACGGCAAUACCGCUCCACGUAUGGAUAUCAGCUCCCCACCUCUCCUGCACGGACGCGCAGCGGAUUGUCCGAGACUCGCAGCAGGCGUUAGACGAUCUGAACGAGUAUCCAACUCUACAUCAACGACUACAUCUGGUGGACAUGCAGCCAGACAAUGAAAAAAGCCGAGAGUCGAAAGAACAAGCUGAAACCUGUGGUGAAGAUGCAUCCAAUCCCGGACUCGGAGACCCGGCUCUCAAGGUGUUCCUGGAAUUUACAGAUGGCGGGUUUGCGUUCGAACUGGAUCCGGUGAUUGCAAAGGCCGCCGUUCGCCUCCCGAACAAGCCAAAUAGCAACAUAGCCAAAUCCCUGGCCGAGAAUCUACACGAGCUCUUCAUAGAGGAACAGAUUGCCGCCGCCCUCCAAACCAUCUACCUGGCCAGUCAUACACAGAAUGCACAAGCGUUUCUGAGGUCGCAGCCUUAUGAUCUGGUCACGAAAAUCGAGAGACGGAUCAAUCGGGCUUACAAGUCCUCGCCAGAUUUUCACCUGACGUUCUCUCUUUUCACAGCUAGUGGCGCGCCAUCAGGCUGGGAGAUACAGACUGCGCUGAAUGACUAUGUCCAGCCACUUAUUCAAGCACUGUCUAACACCCCGACUUUCGAUGUCACAACCCAAGUUCAACUAUAUUCAAGCUACUCCCCGGCGAUCAGAUCAGUAACCAAAGAAGGACAGGAGGGCGCCUUUCUGGAACAAAAUGAUCUUACUGCUUUCGUUAAUGCUGCAGAAUGGCCUCUGGCGCCAUCCAUCGGCGACGGACCGACAAUCAACUUCGUUCUCUAUGUUCCCGCCAAGAAUGAAAUUCCCCUCAGGAUCGAUGGGAUAGAAGGGACAUCUUGGCUGAUUCCUCAGUGGGGCGGUAUUCAGAUACUGAACCCUCCUCUACAUCCUGAUCCGGAAAACGGCGUGAUGAGAUUACCUCCCCAUUUAACCAAAGACGUAUUGCGCCAGCCUUUCGAGACCUUCUCAUCGCAACUGCUGUCGCUGUUAGGAGUGCCUGAGGCGGAUGUGUCUGGCAAAGUUCUCCCAUUGCAACUGAGACUAGAUGCUUAUAAAAGGUUCUCGACUCUAACACUGUACCUGAAGGCAGCAUCUAGCUUAGGAUCUCUAGCGCGACUGGCACAACGGCUCAGCAACAUCCCAAUACCAAAACACGUCGCUGAACUUGUGGAUGCUUCGAUAAGCAAUCUGAUUGCUGCCCGUCAAGCCUUUCUUGAAAGUCGCUGGGAUACAGCUCUGGCGCAUGCCAAAAUAGCGUACAAGGACAGCGAGAAGGCCUUUUUUGACAAGUCAAUGGUCGGCCAAGUCUACUUCCCGGAUGAACACAAGGUCGCUGUUUAUCUGCCUCUGCUGGGGCCCAUUGGGGUGCCGCUGAUUGUCGGGUUGCUCAGGGAAAUCAAAAGAUUUGUUGCAAGAAGGAGGGGGACCAAAUCCUGA